CAACAGUUAUCGGAAACAGCUAUUGGAACAAACUGACACUACAGCCAUCUGUUGCAAAACCCUCAAAACUAAAUUACACUCCUAAUAGAUUAGAUCACUCGCUGCAGUUUCGUUGUUAUUUUGGGGCACACGGAAUUGAGUCUUUCGAGAUCGGAGUUGGGCAAUUUGGAGUUUGGUUUACGAAACGAUCGUUAAAUGCCGGGGAGGUUGCAACUCACUUUCUUGCAAUUCACUUAGCCGAUUGUGAACGAUAAUAUCAUUGAUUAUGCAUGCGAGUGUGUUCUAAUCAGUACAAUUACACGCGGCAUCGAUAAAUUUAAUCCGCUAGAAAAAAUCGAACCAGUUGCCGCAAGAGUGAAAGGACUCGCUCUAGAGCGUGACUCUAAAACGCGCCACAAGAGACAAGUACUCUGGCCGGUUUUUAUGUCAAUUUGAUAAAAUAAUUUAUACUCAUGCAUAUUAUCAGUACACAUACGUGCUGUUAUGCAUGUUUAUAAUCAAUUACGCACGCACACAGCCGCGGGAACCUGCAGAUCUCGUUCUGUCACUUCUGUGAGUGAAUUAAAAACGUUUCAAGUCACGACAGGUACCACACGUGAUCUCUUAAAACAUCUAAAAAUAAUAUAUAAUUAAUAUGAAACAUUGUAAUUAGUAUUACGUUUCUUCAUCGAAACAACCGAUUACUUUCACAGCAAUUUUGUGUAACCUGGAAGAAAAAUAAAAAUUCUCAGGAAUUUCUGAAAUCUUUUUUAUAAACGUGAACGUGACUUCUAACAAAUCAAUACUUCAAAUUCGUAAAAAAUCGAACCGUAUUUCAACUGCACGUUUAGCUUUAACAAAGCUCGCUUCAGCCGGCGAGAAUAUCCGAAAUUCAAAGGAGCUUUUUGUCGACGGACUAGUCCCGUAUAAAUCAUCGUAUAAAUCGCCUUAAGCCCUCUUAGGAAGUCGUUUACGAGAAACGAAAGCAUCGUUUCGAAAUCCGAGCGUUACCCUCUGAGCCAACGUUAUUUAUCGAGUCGAUGUUUUCGGGUUCCCUUGUGCUCGCUGCUCGAACUCGUUCUACGUACAGAUUCUACAUGUGAAUCUAACUACGUUCAUGUUUGACGCAGCUUGAAUCUUUACGUCACAAUGACUGAACGUCACAAAACGCGCUGCAAUAACGGAUUAAAAAUAAAUUCGCGGUCGGUCGUUGACUUGUUCGUCCUCGCUUCCGCUUUCGUUCGCGGCGGACCGGCAGCGGUUUUCGCGGCAUGAAAAUUGUGAUCGUAAACCAUCGGUUUUACGCCACUUUCGAAAUGGAACGGCAUGCCAGCGGCGCGGAGGGGUCAGGCUGCGGAAACGGUUACGAACGUGAUCCGGUUGAGUCACAGAGACUUUUCUUAGGCGUGCUUAAUUCGCCGGAGAAAAUCGUUGCGGCUUUUCGAGUGCCCGCGGAACUCGCGCCGCGCCGAUGGCGAUUUGCCGAUCGCCGUCCGUCGUAAAAUCGACCCACCACGGGAAACACGGGCGUGCAUCGAAAUUGAAUAAUGCUCUGCAUAACUUUGUCGUUUACUCGCGAGCAAAAGGACAGUCGUGGAGUCUCGCAUCUCGCUCAAGCUUACACCGCCCCGUUCGCGCUAUUUUUAAACCACGUUUUCAAUCACUUACGCAAUCGAACGCUACCGCAUUACAACGUGCGAUACAAUACCGCGGAAGUUCCGCGUGAUUCCGGACGCGUGCAACAUUAAUUUAUCCUCCCCUGACCCCCUCGCGAGAUAUAAUCGAGAUUUCUACUUCAAAUGGUGGAAACGUUUUGCAUCGCACGCCCAGAACGAUUAGCACGUUAUUACAUAACGUCUCUCCCGCUAGUCGAAGUUAUCUCACUCCGGUUGUCAUUACGCCUUAAUUACGGGGAGGCGGAGCAGAGUAGAGUAACCCGCGAGUGCUCGCCCGUCUCCGAGAAUGCACUCGCAUACCGCGGUACCGUUUUGAUGAUCCAGAAGUAUGCAGGCGUUGCAAUUCAUCCUUUGUUUACUUCUUCGAUUCUCCAAUCGAUCAGAGUACACCGCAGUCUGAUACCCCAAUUUUCGGAGUCGCAAACCGUGGACCAUCUCCGACGUCUCGCUUUUCCGACUGCGAUAUCGCCCUCCGUCAGGUCUCCUCCCACGUUUAUCCGUGCGCACAAGACAGAGAGAGAAAGAUGUGUCCGUGCACUCCGUCGUGCACAGACGAAGCACUCCCGAGGUCUGGAAGUCUGGUCGAAUGCAGCAUACAGUCGACGCGCGUGCACUCGUCGCCGAUCCUCCUCGGCUCGGCUCCGCUCUCCUCUCCUCGUUCCCUCUCUUUCUCUCUUUCCGUUCUGUCUCUCAGCCUGUCUAUCUCUCUCGCUUUCCUCUCUUUCACGCGUACACACAUUUUGAGACCGCCGCCGAUAGGGGCGCUCGCGGCGCGCUCGGAUUAAGUCCGGCUCGUCGAGCCAGAUAGCCGUGAGUCCGUCCGCGGUGCGGACCGAUCGCGCGCAACGCGGUGCGUUCCCGUCGUCGUGUCGUGUUCCUCGGGAAGAUCACUCGUUCCCGGGGCAGAACAGUGUAUCUGGACCAGAGACUUGCUUUCAAUCGCGCUUAGAGGAAUCAGGAGAGAAAGAGGAGAGAAACGAUCAUCAUCAUCAUCAUCAUUGCGUGGUGCUCUUGGACCUCGCAUGAUCGUAAGAAGAGUGAUCGUGGGAGCGGGAUCGCCGUGACUCGAACACCUCUUACUUUUCUCGGCGUGGCGGUCUCUCCCCGAGCCGAUUGUCGCUCACGAACUCGACGAGUUCCCGCGAGUUCCCGGUGGAGACCUCGCCGCGGAAAGUGCGGGAUCGCGUCGCGGCGAGGAAAGUUCUCUCUCUGGUGUGGUGUGACGCGACGCCGUGCAGCCCGCAGCACGGAGCGAACGAGAGUGGAGAACGAGUUUGAUCGCGGCUACGUGAUCGCGGUUAUACGUGCCGGAAUCGCGAACUCGAUGGAAUCAUCGAGCCGCGAGCACGACUCCUCGUCGAUCCGAGUGGCGUGACCCCGAAAAACAAGUGCGCGUGUACUACUCUCCUCCCUCGGGGUGGACCCCGCCCACCCUCCGCACGGUGGUGAAUGAAUCGAUGAACAGGUGCAUUUUCUCGUGUUUUUUCCCGAUCGAUUUUUGGUGUCGCGCUGUUUGCCGCGCGAUCUCCCUUUUCCUCUAUUUCUCUGUCUCUCUCUCUCUCUCCCUUUCUGAAAUUGUAAUCCCGCUCCCGUAAAUCGUCGCGCGAGGCCCCUCAAACGGCUCCGCGGCAUUCGCACUCGCCGCGAUCGUAAAUCUCGACCGGCUUCGCCGACGAUUCCUACGUAUCCCAUCCACACCGACGGCGAUUCUCCGCGAUUCACUCGCGGAUUCUUCGACCAGUUCCACCUGCAAUCUCCGGCCACAUCUCCCCUCGCCCGGCGAUUUCUUCUACGGCUCCGCGCUCCAGCGUCCUCGCGGAUUCUCCCGAUCGCGCCGGGUUUCCUAGUUUCUUUUGAAAGCGGAUUAUUUUUGCGGAGCAAGCGAAUGGAUCGGUAGAUUCGUUUUAUCCCGAAGGAACGGAGGAGCGAAAGAUGUUUAUUGGAUAUCCCGAGCGGCAUGUUCUCGAUGUAAAUCUACAGAGCACCUUUUGCGGCGCGAGGAACGGCAAGAAUAUUAAGAUAAAUGCGAAGGCGAUCAACGUGAGAGAAGCUCGGGGCUAAUUAAAAGUUAAGUAAGAAAUUAAACCGAGUCCGAAAGCUUGGUGUACGCAUAAUUAAGCACGCAACGUUCACAAAAGGUACAUACAAUACGAGAGAAAGUGUAUCUGCCUCCCGCAGAGUCACGCUCGAGGCGGCCACCUUUUCGCGCGCUACAUGAUAACGGAUGCGAUAACUCACAUCUAGGCUCACGAAGCACUUCAAGAGAGAAGAAGAGAGAAAAAAAUCGGAGAUGCAUUUGUCAUACGUUCACGUGGAAAAUUAUAAAUGGACGCCAGCCGGAGGGCUCGAUACCGUCUCGAAGUGAAUGAACGCAUGGAAGGAAAAUAAAGAGCCUACUACAAAAAUACAUUGCACCGAGAAAAAUAAAGAUCUCCAAGUAAAACAGAACGGGGAAUUUCCCGCGCAAGGAGCCACUCCACCGUCACAAGAAGACAAGCACACGGAAAAGCGUGAAGCAAACUUACACAAAAAACAUAAGAGACAGAGGAGUUCUCUCUUUCUCUCUUUGCGGAAGCAGCGACGCAACGAGGGAGACGCGACACGAGGAGUCGCGCGAGUUGACGGUUCAACGCCUCGCGUUAUCCGCGUGUAUCAACGUCCUGGGGUAACACAGCCAGCUGAUAUUCCUCUCAUACGCCGUAACGACACGCCUCUAGCCUGUCUCUCUCCUUCUCUCGUCCUCUUUUCGGCCGAAGCUGCACCGCUUCGAUAGUUCGUCUAUACUUAGAGCGGGUGGAACAAGAGAAAGAGAGAGAGCGAGAAAAGAACGGAGGGAUCAGAUCGACGCGGCGAUCCUCGAGAGAACCGUCCGCGAGAAACCGAUCCGACCCAAGAGAGAGAGAAAGACUGAAAAAGAGCAAGAGAGAACAUAAUCGUUGUUAUUACCGCAGGCCCGAAGAUCGUGCACGCUCGAUUCUCGGAUUAAUCGGCGGUUCCGGGGCCGAGGGGGGCGUGUCGCGGAUGCUGCACGGGACCUCGACGGCGCGUCGACGCCGGAGACGACAUCCGAUACGCAAAGAUGCGGUGGCGCGAACUCGCCAAGUGAACCCGAGCGGAAAUUGCACGAUUCCCUUCGCAGUACGACGAGUGAUACCACGUGGAUGGUUUUUGGAUCUAAUCGGUACUGGUUUUUCGGUGCAGUGUCGCAUACGCGGACGAGUGCGCCGCGAGGUAACAUAUCGACGCGAUAGAUUAAGAAAAAGUCGAAUCCGUGUCUCUUCACGUUCUCGACGGUCUCUUAACAGUGCGAACAGUGCUCGACCCAAAACUCGGUGUCGAUGCCCUCUUGACGCUCGCGAGGAACACGCAACAGAGAAAAAGAGUGCGUCCGUUCACGCCGAAUCGGCGAUAAACCGCUCGGUGGGAGUAUCGAUGCGACUAUCCGGCCUCUGGAUCAAAUAACGCGACGACUUGCGUUGUGACGACGACGUCGUGUGAUACCGCGCCGCUCCGAGGAGACAUGUGAAGACAUGCUGACCACCGAGAAUCCCGAGGAGUCGCCGAAGAGGCGGUCCACGUUCUACGUGUCGCUGGACGGCGGCGAGCCGCUGCGGCAACCGGUCGCCAAGCUGACCAAGGGUCACUCUACGGACAGCGGCAGCGAGAAGUUCGCCUGCAACACCUUCCCUAUCGGAUCCACGUCCAAGGCGGCGUCUUCGUCGACGACGCCCGGCACGCUGACGCGCACGUUGAGCAGCAAUGACAGUCUGUCGAGCGCGCGAAGAAACGCGGACGACGCAUUACCGGAAGUGCGAGGUAAGGUGCAGUCGCUGACGAGGAUCUUUGAAGCAUCCAAGUGCGAUCGAGCGGGGAUGACGAGCAGCGGCCAGGCGGAGCAGCGAAAGAAGGUCGAGAGGACGCGGUCCUUCAAGACCAUCGAGCGGUUUCAGAGCCGGUUCGCCGGCAGGAAGGAAUCGAGUAGCCGGAAGGAACGUUUGAACAACACCGUCGCCUGCUUCGAGGUGGAGGAUGACGUGAGAAGGAAGAAGCCGGAAAACGAGAGAUCGACCACGAGGAUCGUCAUCGAGCCGGCCUCCAAGUCGGCCAGUUCCUCGCGCGAACACAGAAUCAGCCAUCAGGAGACGAGGAGCAAGCAGAAUACGACCCUGACGAACCUGCUGAUCCGCCGGACGCACAGCACCAGCAGCAAGACGAGGAGCAACAGCACGCUGGUGCGAGUGGCGAGACACGCGUCCGUCGACAGUCCCGCGGCCGACAAAGCGGAAACUCGCGCGAGCAACGAUGGGUCCAGGGACGAGGAAGCUGUUGAAGACGCUGUUGCUGAUGACGAAUGCGCCGAGUCUGUCUUUGAGGACGCCGACGUCGACGGCGGGGUACAUUCAGACACAUCGUACGAGAAGGCCUGUCGAAGGGGUAGCGCGCCCGCCACUCCCGUGCUGGGUGCACGACCCCUGGAUGUCACCCCGAACAGGAUCGUUAAUUUCUUCUCGAAGCGGUCGUUCCGGUCGAAUCCCCUGAAGAGGACGAAGAGCGUAACAAAGCUCGAGCGGCAGAAGCAACGAGGCGCCGGUCUUCGGGGUUGCCGUUCGCACGAGUCUCUCCUGUGCGGGCAGGCGGUGACCUCGAUGGACCUCGCGGCGGUGACGCCGCUGCAUCCCAGUCUCCUCGGCAGGCCCCACUGCUUCCAGGUCACGCCGAGCACCGGCGGGCCCAAGUAUUUCAGCUGCAGAACCGCUCACGAACGGGACCAGUGGUUGCACAGUUUAAGGAAAUCCGUUCAGCCGGAUGCGGAACAGACACGCCGUACGGACAACUCCCUGCAGAUCUGGUUGCUGGAAGCGAAGGGGGUGCCCGCGAAGAAACGAUACUUCUGCGAGGUCUGCCUCGACAGCACCCUGUACGCGCGAACCACCGCGAAGUUGAAGGCUGACUUGUGCUUCUGGGGUGAGCACUUCGACUUUCACCACUUACCCUCCGUCAACACGAUUCAAGUGAAUCUGUACAGGGAGGCAGAUCGGAAGAAGAAGAAGGACAAAAACGUCCUGAUCGGUUCCGUGAGUAUACCAGUGCACAACGUGACGUCGCGAUACCUGACGGAGAAGUGGUACCCCGUGGUAGGUGACAAGGGACCGCUCAAGGAGCCUCCCGCACUGAGAGUCAAGUGCCGCUUCCAAUCAGUCGACAUACUUCCGGUCCAGGUGUAUCAGGAGUUCCUGGAGUACCUGAAGACCGAUUACCCGUCGCUAUGCGAGAAGCUAGAGCCCGUGAUCGGUGUCAAGGCGAAGGAGGACAUCGCGACCGCCUUGGUUGCGGUGAUGCAACGAGAAAAGAAGGCACCGCAAUUCCUCGCCGAUCUCGUCAUGAUGGACAUUCAUCGAAUAGAUGACGAGAGGCUCACGUUCCGAGGGAACUCGUUAGCCACGAAGGCGAUGGAAGCCUACUUGAAGCUAACCGGAGACAGAUACCUGCAAGAGACCUUGGGGGCCGUCGUGAGAGGCGCGGUUGAAGGUGGCGACUGCGAAGUGGACCCGCUCAAGGUCGCUUCUGUCGCCGCGCUGCACAAGCAACAGCAGAAUCUUCGCAACGCCGUCGAGCUGGCCUGGAGCAGGAUACUGUCGAGCCACGCGCACUUCCCGCUGGAACUGCGCGAGUGCUUCCGCAUCUUUCGCGAGCGUUUGGCCGACAUGGGCCGCGAGGACAUCGCGGACAAUCUCAUCUCCGCGUCCAUCUUCCUGAGAUUCCUCUGCCCCGCCAUUCUCAGCCCAUCUCUUUUCAACAUUACGCACGAGUAUCCGAACGAGAAAGCAGCGCGGAAUCUCACUCUAGUGGCGAAAACCCUUCAAACCCUCGCAAACUUUACGAGAUUCCAGGGCAAGGAAAACUUCAUGGAGUUCAUGAACGAUCUGCUCGAGCGCGAAGCUCCGUCUAUGAAGAACUUCUUGCAAUUAAUUAGCAGCCCACUGCCAAAGGACGCGCCGGCCAACAACUCGCUCGAGUUCGACGGCUACAUAGACCUAGGCAAGCAAUUGUCUCUGCUGCACGCUCUCCUGCGAGAAAGUGUGGCGGCGGUCGCCCCGUCCUCGCCGUCGAUACCAUCGUCGCGACUGCCCGAGAUUCUUGACAGGAUCUCCCUGGCCUUGGACCAGCCGGGACCCAGCCCUGUGCCCGCGGCGCACCGUUACCCGAAUUUGCAGAACAACAUCUUCCGCUACAACGACCCGACGAUCGCCAACAGCAACACGAAUCUCUCCGUCUCGGCCACGUCGACGUUGAGCAAUCACAGCACGAUCAACGGCACGAUCAGGGACAGCAACGAGGUGCUGCAGACCAACACGCUCGGGCACAACAGUUCGCGCAGCCCGAACGUUGCUCGGGCGGCUACUCUGCCACGAAACGCCUACAUGCCGGCGAACGGCAAGCUUCAGCUACAGAUCAGCUCGGACGAUUACCCGCUCGAACCACCAGCGUUCGUGUCGCGCUCGCCGACGCCGAUUACACGGCAACACAGGCCACUCGGACCGAAUCGCUCCGGUCCGGGUUACAGGCUGACGGCCAGCGCGAGCCUGGCGAACGUGAACCACUGCCAGACGCACCCGACGAGCCCAACGCGCUCGGAGAGCCACAGCAAUCUGAAGGAUUCCAACUACAACAUUACCGCGUCGCCGCAGAGCAACCAUCAGCCCAGCAACGGCGGCCUGGUCUCGCAGCAGCAGCAACAGCAGCAGCAACAGCACCGGCACAACGUCGCGCGGUUGCAGAGCCUUGAUAUCCACGAUCGCGAGGAUAACUAUAAUCACAACUACAACGUCUCGCGAUCAGCUAGCCGAAACCACUGUCACAAGGAGGAGAACGCCAAUCAGACGCAGCAGCGUAAUUACAACAACGUUUCGAAGACCACGGUGAACGCCAACGUGGUCGUGAAUCCGCCCACGAAUCUCACGUUGUCCAUCAAUCAUCAGCCCAACAACAACUACAACAAUUCAAAAGCGAACAACCAGGCACCGGCCAACGGCAACCUCGACGAGCUGUCUGAUCUGCUGCGAUAUGCGGACGAUGAAGUGUCCGAGUCGAAGUCACAGAAGGGCUCGCAGAUCUCUAUCUCGCAGCUGAGCAACGUCGCCUCCUCCGGCUACCAGAGCUUUGCUGCUUACAGCCAAAGUUCGAGCCCGGUAGAUCUCAGCAGCAACAACGCGAACGCGCACAUCCUAAGCGCGGCGCCGUUGGCGUUCGCCAAUCCCGUCUACCACAUGGAGUCGAGCCACGCGAGAACCGGCAGACGCGACAGCAGCAGCUCUGAGGAGAGAGAGGGAAGCGGAGGCGGCGGCGUCGACAGCGUGAGAGGCGUCGAUCUCAGCCCGUCGCCGCCAUCACCGUCCAAGAACAAUGUGCGGAAUCACCAGAGGAACAACCAGAAUCAAUGGCGGCAGAACAAUCAGACGCACCGAAACAACUCGGAGCACGCGCAGGACACAUGUUGUACAAAACUGCGAAGGAGACUCUCCCUCGACUCGACGAGGGAUCUGUCGGACACCAGCGAGGAGGAGAACUGCACCACCAGGCGGAGCAAGUCCCGCAGUCAUCGAAAUAUUGAUCAGUACGAAGUGGAAAUGUAUGAGGUGGAGAGGCUGCAGAAUAGCGUAGACCGGCUGCGAUUGCGCACGCGAUUAGGCGCCACCGAGGAUGCCGAUCUAGACCUCGCGCCCGACAACAACAUGAAGAGCAUCAUCUCCAGGUUGAUCUCCGUGGAGGAGGAGCUGCGUCGCGAGCAGCAGAAGAUGUCGGCGGCGUUGUCGUACAAGCAGCGCGUGAUCGACGCGCAGGAGCAGCAAAUAGCCGCCCUGGGCGCCGCGAAUUCGCGCCUCAUGUCGACCAACGCGAGCCUGCUGUCGGCGCUGAGCAAGCAGCGCUUCAACGUCAAGUCCCAGGUGAACAGUGAGGCCGCGCCCCUGCUGCAGAACAUUGCUGACAUCGGCGAACUCAAGAGCUCGUCGUGCUAAGCGCGGAGGAUCGUCAGCUUUGGAGAACGUCGCGAAGGAGGCGAGAUGAUCGAGUCGGACCAACGCGACGCGUUCUCCGAACAUGAGUCGAACAUGAGUGCAGCAAUAUGGCACGAUCAGACCUCUCCCGAGCAAGAGAUCUCGCUGCAUCUUUGCCAGAGUUGCGAAGAAAAGGUAUCGAUCGUGUGAUCGAUCCUCGCAGAACAGCACGAGCAUCUUCGUUGCUCGGGGGAAACGAGGCUUAUUCGGAGGAACGUGAAGAGAUGAGUCUUCCCUGGUUGCGACUCCGGACCGCGUGAAUUCCGAGUGAAUUCCGAAAGGAGCUCUGUCGAUAUCGACAGGAUCAUGCGCUCGAAAAAUGCUCUGACCGUGCGGGCGCGCGAGCAGCAACAGUAACAGGAACAGCAGCAGCAGUAGCCCCGGUGUCGAUUCGCGCUCGCGAAAUCCCGAGAACACGGGGAGUCGCCUGUCGAAAAAAAACGCGAGAGGGAAUGGCGUGCGAAAACCAGAGGCUACUUUAGUAAAUAGGCAGACCGAAGCAACAAGUAGAGAAUUCUCGUCGAGUUUAUAUGAUGUGACAUAGCGUUAGGCUAAGUUUAUUUGUACGCGAAUGAAAACUGAAAAGUGAAACCGGCGCGACUCGUCCGAGGUCCGUGAUCGUUCCCGACUGCUUGACGGACGAUCGACGACAACGCCUGGCAUCGGCGCUGACCAGUCGAAAGAGCGCAUCAUCGCGACCGCGAGUCUUCCGACGGCGACUUUGCUUCGUUCGGCACGAACGAAACGAAAGUGGCGAGUUACGAAUCCUUAUCCGGACUUGAGAACCCUCGAUCAAGCGGACGAGUAGAGAUUGACGAAAGUGGACUUGGUCGAGCGGGAACAUUCGACUCGGAAGCUUCCGCUUUUGUUACUCAUCGGGAACACGUGGAUGAUCGCAAGUUUUAUGUCGGUUUACCGGUGCAAUCGGAAAAACUUGGAAGACAUCCUCCGAAAAGCUCGCAUUGGUCGCGCGAUGAUGGAUCGAUCGGUAUGCCAUCAUCCUAACUGGAUCUUCCAGUGCGAUCCAAUCGAGGAACACUCGUCGGGCACUCGGACGACACACGAAUCAGCUCUCCCCCUCCCCUGAUCGACGAAUUGCAUAUUUUCCCUGUUUCUCAUCAUCCGUACCUACGCACCGCACGCCAGCCGCACCGUGUACCAAUUGUGUAUCAUGAUACGCGAGGGACCGAUUAAUAUCGGAGCUCGCAGCACCACGAGGAGGCAUCCUCGAGCACCAGAAACGUACCGCGGGACCCCGUUAACGAGCGUAUAUUUUUCUAGUUUAUUCCGAAUCGCACAAGACACGAUUGUCGUCCUCGCGCGUGACUUUCGUUCGCCAGGCACGAACGAAUAUCGCGAUCAUUUGCGUUUUCCUCCCUUCGAGACCACCGAGAGACGAAAAACCAGAGCGACCAAAAGGUCCACGAGAGUCCAUCGAGCGGAUGGACCUCCAAAGCGACGUCUCGUGCAUCCUCGAAUCUUUUAUCUCGACGAGUCGCGAGCAGGACUCUCUCACGACUAUCCUUGAUUCGAGCAUGACCCUUUACUCUAAGCGACGAUAUUUAUUUAGUUAGUGUCUACCAAAGAUGAAGAGUUUCAACGUUGUAAAGAGAGUAUUGAGAUUUUAUGUAAGAUAUUUGCUUUCCUCUCCUUUUACUUCGGCCGUUCCCGCGGCGCGGGCGAGACGGUACCAUUGUCGCCACGAACGUCGCCAACGGCGCGGCUGCGGAACGGCACUCGCGCGAGCAGUGGAGUGCAGAGCACGUGGCCGAAUCCCGAGAGCGAUCCCUCUCGCGCGCACGAGAAAUCAUCCGCGGGACGAAACUUUUGCAUAGAGAUUUCCGAGCCGCGCGGACUGCCCGUAGUUGAACUCUGCGCGCAAGCAGCGCACGUACACGCAUGACAAUUAAUUAAUUGAUUAAUUAAUUAAUUAACCAAUCGAUUAGAUUCCUCGAAGGUCUCGCUCGUUCGCAAAGCGUUAAUGUGUUACGUUUUACAUCACAAUAACAAUUAUUAUAUUGUAGCCAUUGUCGUACAAUGCAUGCAUGACUGAGAGACCGAGUGAGAGGGCGAGCGUGUGAGCGGGAGAGAAUGAUAGAAAGAGCGAAAGAAAGCAUGAAAGAGAGAAACUGAGAUAGAGAGAGAGAGUGUGUGUGAAUGCGUGAGAGCAAGAUCCACGAAGAGGAGUGAGAAAAGAUUAUAAUCAGUAUAAUUUCUCGUUAAGAAAAAAAAAGUAUUAUCUCGUCAACUUUGUACCAUAGCGUUACUCCCGCGUGCGUUUGAGUUUCUUGCCUCACGCCGAUCAGUUUUGUAUAGAGAUCCUCUUCCGCCCCUUCCUCCUUUCUCUUCCUCGUCUUCCUUUAUUUUACACCAUUUCCUUUUCUUCUCGCAAUCGACCCUUCUUUUAGUAGCUAUCGCGCUACCUUCGACUCGUCGAGACCGACUUGCAUCAUGAAAUUAAUAUAUUAAUGCCCCCCCCCUCCCCGCCCCCCCUUCUUGUUGGACGAUGUAAUCGAUGAAUAUCUAUUUAAAAAAUCACUUAAAUAGCGUGUACAUUAUUAAGUUUUUUGGUAUAUUCGUUUCUGCAAUAGACCACCUGUAUUUAAGCGUAUAGCGACUAUUACACUACAUGAACAAAUAAAUACGAUUAGACAUUAUA